AUGAGCGGCCGUCUAUCGGUGGGAUGUACGUCCGCAAGGACGCUUGCUGCUGUGCAUAGGAAACCGCUCAUCGGGGUGAACCAUAUGACAGCACACCCGCGCACGGUCACACUUACCGAGCCUGUGCUGCCACCAUUCCCGCAUCUCACGCUGCGUGUCAGUGGGGGCCAUACCACACUCGUCGUUGUCUAUUCUGAAGACAAGUACGAGCGGGCUGCGGAAACUGUAGACGAAGCUCUCGGGCAGACGUUCGAUCCGCUGGGAGUGCGCUCCUCGGCUUGGAACGGGGUGAUAGAGGGGUUGGAGCUGCUCUAG